AUGGCUUCAGAGGAUGCUUCCGAACACAAAACAAGGUACGCUCCAAUAGAAGAGCGUCUCAGUCGCGUUCAAGAGGUCGUCCAAACCCUCCUCCUCUUAGAGAAACAUCCCAAAAUAGAGGUUGAAGUACAGGGAAAUCACUUCAAAGGACACACCAUGGAUCUCCGCGUCAAGAACGACGAAUGGCUCCGUAAUAAUAUCAAGAUACUCUGUGAUAGUAUCAAAAUUCUCCUUGCCGAGAGCGAAUGGCUCCGUGAUGAUAUCAAUAUGCUCCGUGAUGAGAUCGAAUGGCUCCGUGAUGAUUCCAAGAUGCUCGAUGCCAAGUUCAAGAGCAUCGAAGAUACUCUGCAGCCGCUCGUCAACGCUCACAAUGCCCACCGCAUGGACGUCCUCAGCAGCUGGUGCAAGCUCGACCAACGUUAA